UUGGAUAUAAAUUUGUAAUUUGAACUUAUGAAUUCAAUAUUAAAAUUUGCUUUGGUAGGCAAACGUAAGCCAGUAUGUGCUGCAUCUUCACCUGCUUCGGAUGGAUGAUCGAUCUAUUCCAGAGGGCAUGGACGUUUGUAAUGUCAUGUUGCAUCGCCCUCUCCAUAUGCUGCUCCCUCAUCACGGCGUCCAUGGCAGGCAUUGCUCUGGGGUACAACUACUCGCUCGCCGAGUACAUCGAUUUGAAAGAAACCAACGUAUCCGUGUACAUCAAGCGAGGUGUGUUCGAUGACGACAUCAGCGACGACGUGGAGUUCCGUAGAGCCGGACACAACUCAGUGGCUGGACAUCUCCGAGAUGAAAACUUAAUGACGGGAGCUCCAGAGGGGGAGGAAACCACACGGUCCGGAAGACGCUUGGAAGACUCAAUAUAUCAGUCCAAUGAUAAGAACAACUUCGAAGACUCCCUCAUGAAGUUGACAGCGAAGCCCCUGGAUGCUGAACCGACGAAGACAACCACUCAGGAUUUGCCGGUUGGAGAAAUCAUUCAAAGGUUCCCAUCAAAUUCAAUAGAGCAACUGAAGGCCUUUCAGAGCGCCAUGAAUAAGAGGAGAAUGCAGACCGCGACCGCCAUCACACAGACACCGUAUACGGAAACAAGGAAAGUUCCAAAUUUCCCGCUCGGCAUCGAUCCAUAUAAAGACAAACCAUCUAGAAGAUUCGGUGGACCUGGGCCUCCUAUAAGUCCCUUGCGAGAAGCAGUCCCUCCUAGCAAUAUCAACGACCCAGUCUCAUGGCUAGCACCCAACUUGCCUCCUUAUGUGAAGACAAGACCCAUACCUCCCCAUUUCUCCGCUUUCCACGGGAACCCGACGUACCCGAUGCCUGUCACACCAAAAUCUGGUAUCAUCAGACCAACGCAAACGUUCGAACCGAAAAGAACAAAAUUGGUACCGGAACCCAGCAGAUCCACGUAUAAACCUGAGAUACCAAAAUCCAUUGACGAAGAAAUGGACGCGUUCAAGGAGAAGAUUAUGGAAGACAUGCCUAGGAACAAGAACGAACCAAAAGACAAACAAACAGACAAACCUGAUUCAUCAGAAGAAGACUACGAUUACGACGUCAAAGGCGCUCCCAUUCGCAAAAAGAGAAGCUUGCUCAACAAACUAUGUGGUAAUAGCAAAAUAAAAGUUAAAUGA